UGAUAGGGCCAACUUGCAUGAAUCAGUGUUUGCGUGCAGUUGUAGCUAAGACACGACACAUCCCGGGUCCUGGAUACCAGUUUUACUAGCUUAAGUAAAGCAGUGAUUUUAAGCUUGAUAGCAUUUUGCAAACUAUCAAUGGCUGCGUUAGCCAUGUCAGUGGAGUGUUCAGUAUUCCAAGUAACCUAAGUAGCUAGCUAGUCGACUAGCUACGUAGCUAGUUAAAGUUGUGUCUGUGGACAUAACCCACCGGAUACCAGCCUGGUAUGCAGUCAACAAUCGUGGAGAACAGUUGUGAUGGCACCUCUGGGUUGUCUACUGGGGCAAUGGUGCAAGUGUGCUUCCCCAACGUGCAAGCAUCUGUGCUAGACAGCCUUAACCGACAGCGUGAGGAUGGACAGCUGUGUGACCUUUCCAUACAUGUGCAGGGGCAGGUGUUCAAAGCCCAUCGCUGUGUAUUAGCUGCAUCCUCACCUUACUUCCAUGACCAGGUGCUACUGAAGAAUAUGUCCACAGUGUCCAUCCCAGCUGUCAUGGACCCACUAGCUUUUGAAAGUGUUCUCAGCUGUGCCUACACUGGACAGCUGCGAAUGCUGCGUGAAGACAUUGUUAACUACCUCACUGUAGGAAGCGUGCUCCAGAUGUGGCAUAUUGUGGACAAAUGCACAGAACUACUCAAAGAGGGCAGGGGAGGAUCCAGUGGGCCGCAUGAUGUUAGUGCUGCCCCAGAGAACACUAGAUGCAGCAGCAGUGCCAACAAGGAUGCCUAUGGAGAUGAAGGAGACACUCAGUGUAUGGUGCACCCUCCUAACCAUCCCUCGCUGAGUGAAAGUCAGUCUCCUAGCAGCACAAAUUACUUCAGUCCCAAAGAUGUUAGUUUUGGUGGGGCUGUGGUAACCACUGGUGCAGCAGGAGAUGGAGGCGUACAUUCCACUCCUAACUAUUGCAUGCCAUCCAGUCGAGAAGAGACUUUCCUAAUUGAGGAAGAGGAUGAGGAAGACGACGAUGAACUUUUGUACCCCAGAAAACAAGAACGAGGGAGCAGCAGGAGAAAGAAGUCUGUCCCUGUCUCUGAUCAAGAAAUGGGAGAGAGUGACAGUUUUGGGGUUUCGUCCUACCAAAACGGAGAGUCAUCACCACCCCAAAAGCGCCCCACAUAUAGUCAACCGAGCAUUAUGCCUCGGAAGCAGUGGGUGGUUGUAAAAACUGAGCGCUCCCGGGAUGAUGAUCUCAUUGUAGUUUCGGGAGAAGAAGGAGGCGAAGAUGAAGAGGAGAGGGAGUUAGAGAUUGCCAAGGAGAGAGAGAGAGAGAGGACAUUUAAUAUUUCUAACGUUAGGACCCUCUCAGCAGACCUCAGCAGCAGGGAAGAAAUGGAAGCACACGUUGACUUCUGCCAGUCUUCUGAAGACUACCUCAAGUUUGAAAGUGGUUUAAUGGACCAGGCGUCAUCACAACACCCACUUGAAAACUCCAGCCAGAAUAGCAAUCGGGCAGUUUCUGCCUUACUGGGCUCAGUUCAGUCAGCUGCUGCCAGAGCCCAGCUCUUCCCACUGGACAUGCAAGGCAAUCAGAUUCUUCUGUAUAAUCAGGCCACUCUUGAUUCUUCUCCUCCAUUAGGUGUUUCAGGAGGUUUGUCUGGAAUGUCUUUGAAAGGAAAUGUGGAGCAUGGAGCAGUCCACUUGUCUGGGCAGAGCGGAAUAGACAGUGGAUUAGAGGGCUUAGAUGGCAAUGGAAAUGGCACCUCAGGCAAAGUCUUCAUGUGCCAUUGUGGCAAAAGGUUUACCCACAAGAGUAUGCGAGACCGUCAUAUCAACAUGCAUCUGGACCUGCGGCCUUUCCACUGUCCAGUCUGUGCUAAGAAGUUCAAGAUGAAGCAUCACCUCACAGAGCACAUGAAGACACACACGGGUUUGAAGCCCUACGACUGCCAUGGCUGUGGGAAAAAGUUCAUGUGGCGUGAUAGCUUCAUGAGGCAUCGCUCCCACUGUGAGAGGCGCAAUGGGAUCAGCGGCACUAGUGAGGCACGAGGAUCAGAAGGGUCAGUGAUCUCCCCUCCACAUCACGUUCAGCACCAACCUUCAGGCAAUGAAGGUACUCAAGGAAAUGUUGCUGGUAGAAGUGGAAUCCCAGUUUUGUCUCCACACCACUCAAGUACUGGUACUAGUGGAGUACCUUGUUUGACCAUGGCUGUACCUGGUCCUCUUUUAGGGCUAAACCCCCAAAGUGGGAUGUAUGGUCUUGGUUCUGGUGUUCUUGGGCUAGGGGUGAGUCAUGUUGGAUGUGGGGAAGAGGUUAGUGAAGUUAGUGUUGGUGAAAGCAGCAUCACUUAAGCUACUAUGUGAGACAGUGUUGAGCAACAAUCUCCAUUCCUUAAAAAGGGGAAAUGUUACCUUAUAAUUCUCAACAAAUUUAGAGGGACCGUGUGUACAGUCUGAUUAUUCUAACACUUACAGUCUUAUGUGUUCUAGUGCAUGUGCCAUAUGAUGAGAUUAGGAAAGAAUCCUUAUCAAGUAACCAUUGUUAGAGCACUUAUAUACACAUAGUAAGAGAUGUUUAAAGUAGGCUGCUAUGGUGGUUAUCAGAAUUCAGAAUAACAUUAUUCUGAUCUGGAAUAAUGUCAGCCACUGUUGCACACAACCUGCCUCAAUAGCACAAGAUGUUUGUUCACACUCAUUUCAAAGUGCCAUACAUUCCAGUAGCUAGUGUUAUAAUGAUAUAUGAUGGAUAAUUUAGUAUGUUUCCACCAUAAAAUUUUACAGACAAAAUGUUGGCCAUAUAUUUCAUGUAGAACCUUCUUUUUCCAGUUUGCCUAAGCUAUGUUAAAGGCUGCCUCUUAAAUAGUUGCAGAAAUGUGCAGCCUGUAUGUUUGGAAAGAUAAUUGUUAAAUGUUAAGAAACUAGUGAAUUCAUCAUCUCAAACGUUUUAAAGGAUGCACAUUGCUGUACCCUGUAUUUAUUUGGUAUUCUCAGAGUUACUAGGGAGCAUUAAAUGUUUAUUUUUUCUUUUGUUUGUGUGCAUUUUCUUUAAAUCGAAAUUGAAGAGAAUCAUUCUAGGCUUUCUCAGUGCCAAAACUUUGGCCCCUUUGCAACACAUGAUCUUUAUUAAAACCAAACAAGGCUAAAAGCAGUUUAAGUACGGGUUAAGUUAUGAUUGAGCAAGUUCUACUUACUCGGUAAAGCACAACAACAAACGUGCAAUCUAUGCAAUAUUGCAAAUCACUGCAAAGAACUAAACUGAAUCAGCAGAAGAAAGGCAAAUUUUAAACAUUGACUAGCUAAUGAAAAAUACAGACAGAGUUGUUGCAGUUGAGUUUCUGGUGUCUGUCUUUCAGUGGAUCAAGGUUGUUUUGUAUAUUGGAUUCUGUAAUUCUGUAAACGGUGAACUCUGACUGUAGAAAUGAACUCACUUAAUACAAAAGGAGACUUGGCUCACUGUGCUACAGUUUGUCCUUGCUGCUGAAAGCUAGUCAUUACACAACUCUGUCUUCAAACAGCAUGAUUUAAUCCUCAGAAUAGUGCUAGCCUUAUUUAAGAUGCUUAUAUGAUGAUCACAUGAACUUUAACUGAAAAGAGGAAGUUAAUGCUCAAAAGGAGAUCGGUAGCGUACUCCUAUAGAGUUGCACACAACAUUGCAUAUAAAGACAACUGAUUCUGUUUUUGAAGCUUGAUUUUAACUCUCCUUCAAUGUAUUUUAACAUUCUUUCAUAAUCACAUAUGUUGAAGUUGCUUUGCUUGAAAACUUCAGGGUUUUGCAGGCUAGUGAAAAAUUACUAUGUAAAAACAGUUUUUUUAUUCUGAAAUAGUGAAAGGUAAAGGUACACAAGAUAUUUUGCACAAUAUAUUAAGUGACAUUUUGCAUUUCAGAUCUUGUUCAUGUGAGUUUCUCUAACUGAGGGAAUGUGGUGACUAAACAAUAAAACAGUAUGCCCAAAAUAAGUUUGGAACCAUUAAGCUCACAUAGUACGUCCUCAGUUGUUUAAAUACUUGACAAUACAGGGCUCUGUGAGAUUACAUUUAGUCCAGCAUUAGACUUCUGUAGGCAACACUGGUUCUGAUUUUGAUUACAAGGGUUGCCUUCCAUGAAGGCUAUAGAAAUGAUUUGCCAUGUUUUGAAAUGGACCUGUAGAGCUUUAAAAGAUAAAGGAAUGUGGAGCUAAGGAUGGUUCCUUGUAAGUGUGUUUAAAAAAAAAAAAAUCAAAUUCAGUUUAAUUCCCAUAAAAUUUAUUUUCCAUGUCAUGGAGAUUUUUAACUAGUAUGGUUUAAGUGGACCAAGACCCAUUAUACAUGAGAGAACAAUAAAAGUCCAGUACCUUUUGGUAUGGAAAUGGCAAAAUGGAAACUUUUUUUUUUGAAAAUUUAAGCAUAAACUAAGUUGCUCUUAAAAGACAAAAAGAUUUUAGAGAUUGUCAUUAGCAUCUGCAUUGAACUGAUUUUCUGUCCAGGGCUUGGUUUAAUCAGUUCCUGGAAAACUAGCGUAAUUUAGUCCGGCAUUAGACGUGUUUUAAUGGAAAAAAGAGUAGUGACAUAUAGAAUAUUUUAAUGAAAUACUAGCGAUCAGACUGCCUCUCAUCUUUUCUUAGAUUAAGUUAAAAAUGUUCUGAUGCUGAACUGGUGUACGCAGUCACCAACUCAAAGUAAACAAUAUUGGCCACAAUGACCAGAUACCUCAAACCUUGUCACAUUUUUUUCCUGCUGCAGCUGUAUUUAAGUUGCAGUUGUUGUGGUUGAGUUGCUUACAGAAUAUGAAUUUUGUUACACGCUUAUUUGUAAACAUGCUACUAGCAGCAGACCAAACUGCUAAUUUCUAAUUUAGACCCAGUAGAUAAAUGUUGUCAGUAAAAUAUACAUGAAAAAAAGAAAUAAACACUAUCUGUUGCAGUGACCUCAAAGCAUAGUUGUCCUUUUUUCUGUUCUAUUAAAAUUAUAUGUAGUAAGUGGUUGGGCCACUACAAGCUACCAGAACAGUUUCUGUAUGCAUAGAUUGGCAAAGAUUCUACACUGAAACUGAAACUGUAGAGGGAUAGAACACCAUACUUCCAAACCAUAUUCCCUCAAAUACUAUUUCGAUGAUGGUGGAAGAGCUGUCAAACACUAAAGUUUGGUGACUUUAAAUGCCAUAGCAUAUGAUUUUUGUUGUUUUGAUACUCAUCAAACCAUUCAGUGACUCCUCGUGCCCUUUGGAUGUAGGCAUUGUUAUCCUGGAAGAGACCACUCUUAUCAGGAUAAAACGUUUCUAUCAUAGGACAAUGGUGAUCAGUCACAAUAACUUUGUAGUGAUUUGCACUAAUCUUCCCUGAAUGAGAAGAGGACUCAUAACAGCAUAACAUAUCCACUGGACCCCCUCAUUAUAGGGUGAGGCAUUUAGACUGUUCUGAUGUCUUUCCUGUAGAUCUAAUUGCAAAUGUCACAUAGUCACUGUUCCUACUGCAACACUAGCCAGGUGAUCAGUCUCUUGCUAUCCAUGCCGAAAUAAUGAACAUUCUUUCAUACUCUUUUAAAUGUUUUCUACUUGCCACUUGAUCCAAAACCAAGAUCACCUGGGCCUGCUCAACAUUUUUAUUUAUAUCAUUGAGCAUAGCAGGAUGUUAAUUGCUUAUGUGUAUAAUGUAGUACACCUUUCUGAAAGCAUCUGCACUCGUUAUGUUACUCCAUUUUU